AGCGGAGGUCUGGUCUUAACCAGCAGCAAGCGCCACCUCAAACCGCCCUUUUCUAUGAUGCAGAGGCUCUCCCCCUCCCUCCCUGACUCCGCCUUUUCCCUGCUUGCGGCCCUGCCCCUCGCGUCCUCUCCGGCUUGCUGCGCACCCUCCCACAACGCGUCUCCCUCGGCUCUAACAAUAGGAGUCAGUCGGCCACGCCUGCGCCAUAAAAUCUAGGGGCGGGCCCAGCCGGCGACGGGAGGCGGGGAAAAACGACGCAAACAGUCGCGACGCCAUUUGCUGCCGCCGAGCGUGGACGCAGGCGGAUCUCUGAAGAGCUCGGUCGCGAUCCUCUCCCGCGCACGCUGCCUGGCCUCCAGCACCUACUUGGUCCCGCGCGCUCCCUCGUGUCGCCCCUCGGAGCAGCAGCCGCCGCGGUCUCCGCUAUCCGGAAAGAAGUCAGAAACUGCGCGAGGUCGCCGCCACCGCCAUGCCCAAGAAUAAAGGUAAAGGAGGUAAAAAUAGACGCAGAGGUAAGAAUGAGAAUGAAUCUGAAAAAAGAGAACUGGUAUUCAAAGAGGAUGGUCAGGAGUAUGCUCAGGUAAUCAAAAUGUUGGGAAAUGGACGGCUAGAAGCAAUGUGUUUCGAUGGUGUAAAGAGGUUAUGUCACAUCAGAGGAAAAUUGAGAAAAAAGGUUUGGAUAAAUACCUCGGACAUUAUAUUGGUUGGUCUCCGAGACUACCAGGAUAACAAAGCUGACGUAAUUUUAAAAUACAAUGCAGAUGAAGCUAGAAGUCUGAAGGCAUACGGCGAGCUUCCAGAGCAUGCUAAAAUCAAUGAAACUGAUACAUUUGGUCCUGGAGAUGAUGAUGAAAUUCAGUUUGAUGACAUUGGAGAUGAUGAUGAAGAUAUUGAUGACAUCUAAAUUGAACUCAACAUUUUACAUUCCAUCUUUUCUGAAGAUUGUCCUACAAUUUGGAUUUUGACCAUGACAAAGAAGAUUAAAAUUUCAUUAGCAUGAAUGCAAUUUGUUAAAGCAGACUGAUUUGUUCCUGAGAUAUUUUUGUUUUUUUUUAAACUGAUAAUAGUGCUGAAUUAUCUUAAGUGAGAUGUUAAGCCCACUUUGUUCUUUUAAUGUAAUGGAGCUUAUGGGUAGAAGACCAUGUCUACUAAUUACAAAAAAAAAGAAAAAAUGCAUUGCUGCUUUUCCUACCACUUCCAAUAAGAAAAUGGGUGUUUUGAAGAAAUAAUUUGCCUUGUCCUCACAGAAUCUGAUUAAGCCCUGGCCUCUUGAUUGUAUAGAGUCAUUGUGUAUAUUCCAAUUACCUAGAUAUUCCCUUGAGAUUUUGAUACAAUUUGUAUCAUAUGUUCUUUUCAUAGUUGUAUUUUGCCACCGUAAACAUAAAAAAAAGCAUUUCCAAAAUGCAAUUUUCAGAACCUGGGUUUUAAUAGCAGUAUUGAAUUUGUAAGCUUAGUAGUUGCAGAAAUUGAACACUAGGUGGCACUCAGUUAUCUUAACAGUGGAAAUACUGAUAUAAUUGUUGACUUUUCUUUUACUAUGUGUAAGAAAUACCCCAAACAUGAAAAGAUUGUUUUGAUCAUAUGCAUGUAUGUAGAAUAUUUUUGCAGAGCAGAAAGAUUAUGUUAGAAGUGUGAUUUUUAUUUUCAGAAGUCAUAUACAUGUAAGCUACAAUUUUGAGUGCUUUAUAAACACUUAAGAUAUAUAUAAAUUUUAAUUUCAUAGCAACUUGUAAAAAAAAAAAAUGCUUGUUGAAAAGCCUUUUUCAACAUAUCCCUAAGCUAAGGGAAGAGGAAGGAAUAGCAGCUCAAUGAAAAGAUGGUCUCCAAUUUCUGAAUGAAAAAGCUACAGCUGAGAAAUAAAAUAAAAUGUCAUGCUGCA